GUGGUGCGCCCGGCCGAAACGCUCUUUGCUUUUCGUGGCUAUGAAUAUCGCGUAGCCCGACCCAGCCUUGCUACCCUUCCUGCUUCGUCUUCACCUGGACUACAGCAGUUGCCGCCACAUGCGCCGUGUAGGACGAGUAGUCGAAGUUCCCCUGGCCGAGCCGACGCGCAAGGACCCAACUCCGCGCCUGUUCCCUCACCGCAACCCUCUGCUAUUGAUAGUAUUGCUACCGGCUACCUUAGCACGGUUCUAGCUAGGUAAAGGAGACGAACAAAGUGGCGGCACAUUGCCGUAUACCGCCCGACCUUCUCUACGUAGACACCAACCCUCCACUUUGUAAUCACAUGAGCAGUGACUCUUUGAGCUGCUGUGGCGCCAAACUCACGCUCUUUGCACUUCUACAACCAGCUGUUGGUUUCCUCACGCAGGCUAGAUACACUUUAAAUGUCUCCGAACGCUGCCCCGCGCCCGAGCGGACCUUAUGCUCGCAGCUCACAUGCCUACCAGAGUCAUGAUGAAGGCGCGAGUAGCAAUAUACAAGGACAACGUGACAUUAUCAUGGGAAAUAGCUCUCGGCAGCAUUCAGAGGGAGUUGUGGCGUCACACUUCCUGGCGCAAGACCCCGAAACGUGGAUGGACUUCUUGAGAGACGGUACCGAAACCGACGUUAACCAGCAACCACCAUCCAGCGAGCUCGACCCCGCCGCAGCCCACGAAGCUCGUGCAAACCCCUCUUCCAUGCGAUACACGCUCCCCAGCCGCCCCUCGCCGCGUACAGACUCGCCGUCCUCUCGCAGCUCUGACCGCAAGCGACGCCUGACGACAGCUGACUCGCCUAUGAGGCGGCCAUCGAGUAUACGGAUGCACUCUGAGAGCACGGGCAACUCCAGUAUGGACCCUAUCCUCCUAGACUCCCCGCCUGCCUCUUUGCGAGCGCUUCCACCCACACCACCCGUCCCACCACAUACCAACACUACGCCGGUCAGAAGGCAGAGCGAUAUUGUCCUGCCACCAUGGCAGCCGGAUAGCGAUGUCACGCAGUGUCCGGUGUGCAAGAGACCUUUUACAUUUCUUCUUAGGAGGCACCAUUGCAGGAAAUGUGGAAGGGUCGUGUGCGCCACGUGUUCGCCACAUCGUAUCACUAUACCCCGACAGUUCAUCGUCCAUCCCCCUUCCGAGAUGGCGGCAAACUUCAUUGAUCUGACCGGGGAUGAUGAGAAUGCUAUGCCGGCUUUCGGCCCGUUCCGCAACCCAGCGCUAGGCGGAGGCGAAGAAGUCCGCGUUUGCAAUCCAUGUGUACCUGAUCCCAAUUUUAGUCCACCGCCGCAGUAUCAACCUUCUGGCCGUGACCCGAGGUAUCCGUUGCAAUUUGCCCCGUCUCCUAGAUCGCCCCACGCCCCACCACCACCACCACACCCACGCGCUCAUCGAUCUGCAUCAAGUGCGCAUGAUGUGUCACGGUUUGUGAACCCAGGACAUGUGUAUGUUAAUCGCGACGCUCCGAACGACAACAGCCAGAAUAGGCGAGUGAGUUACCACGGCAGCUCAAACAUCGGAGAGCGAAGGUUACCUCCCCUCCCACCUUCUGCCACUCAACAGCAACAUCCGCACCAUCGCGCGCCACUCAUUUCGCAGACAUUGUCAAGUAACCGCCCUCGUCAUCGGUCAACCUUUGGUGCCGCAUCGUUUGCAGGCUCGCCGUUUGGACAAGCCACCUCCACUGCAAUCCCCCAGCCGCUACAUCCUUAUUACACACAGUUACCUCAGCCUCGACGUCAGAUUGCUGAGGAAGAUGAAUGUCCUAUUUGCGGGGACGAGCUUCCGCCCAAGGGACCUGAUGGCGAUGAGACGGACCGUACUCGGCACAUUGAAGAUUGUAUCGCCCUACAUUCAGCUUCUCCGGGUCCCAAGGCAACACCUGCACCACAGACAUCCGCAAGUCUGCCUACUCAGCGUACCCGUGGUAUGAGCAGUGCAGGCAAUGGUGAAGGAUCCAGCAACAGAAUGAGCCAUGCUGCGCGCGGCAUGUUUCCCUAUAUUGCAACUGAGAAGGAUUGUGUGGACGAUGAAGGGGCGCAAGCAGAAUGCACGAUUUGUCUGGAAGACUUUGAGGCGGGAGAUCGCAUGGCGAGAUUGGUUUGUUGGUGCAAGUUCCAUGAGUCAUGCAUCAAAGGGUGGUGGAAUAAGAAGGGUCGAGGAGCAUGUCCUACACAUCAGUUGCAGGAAUAACGACCUUAUCAGGGCCCUUAGGCAUCAUUCCUUGUUUUCCUUUCAGACACUACAUCGGAUCGUCAGCAUGAUAGUCUUUUGGUUAUAAGACCAUUCGGUCAGGACAUCCUUGAUUCGCACAGCACUUUUGCCCUCCCCUCCUUUCUUUUUACUACAUCAUGCGUCGCUGGCGUUAUUUGCCUCAGGUAUACCCUCUUGUCCCUCCUUUAGCGUUUCUUUUUGUCCGUCAUUUUGUCAUUUUUCUGAAAGGAGCUUUUAUCAUCGAUAAUCAGUAUUGCUCAGCAUAGAGGUACUCAUCAAGGAGGGGGGGUGCGGUGAUGGCAUUGCUAUGGAUACGGGGGGAGACUCCGCUUUGGCGUAAUGAUUACUAUUGAAGUACAUUAUUUCAACAUCAUGUGGGU